UGUAUGGGUGUUGUUCCCUAUAAUUAAGCAUCUGCAAUGCAACCAGUAUAAGCGAAACCGGUUGCCUGAUUGAACAGAGAGUGAUGGCUGCAGGAGAAUCAUCCAGCGAAUCCUUGGCAACGGUGGCCGACAAAGCACCGAUCACUGCUGAGAGGAAUGUCCGUCUCGACUUAUUAGACACCCAACUCCCAAAACCCUAUUUGCCCAGGGCCUUGAUUGCUCCUGAUUCAGAGAACGUAAAUGGCACCUGGGGCCACAGCCAUAACAACAUGUCUGUGCUUCAGCAGCAUGCCGCCUUCUUUGACCUCGACAAUGAUGGCAUCAUCUACCCCUGGGAGACAUUCCGAGGCCUUCGCUCGGUUGGGUUUAAUGUGAUUUCUUCCUUCGUAUUUACUGUUUUCAUACACGCGGCUAUGAGUUAUUCUACGCUUCCCACAUGGCUGCCUUCGCCUUUCUUCCCAAUUUACGUGCAAAACAUACACAGGGGAAAACACGGAGGUGACACGGGGAGUUAUGACACAGAGGGAAGGUUCAUCCCAGCAAAUUUGGAGAUCAUGUUCAGCAAGUAUGCACGGAAGGUGCCUGAUAAAUUGACGCUAAGGGAGAUCUGGCACAUGACUCAGGCCAACAGUGUUGCGUAUGAUUUCUUCGGCUGGGCGGCGAGUAAAUUGGAGUGGGGAGCUUUGUAUAUGUUAGCCAGAGACGAAGAAGGGCUCUUGUCAAAAGAAGCCGUGAGGCGCUGUUUCGAUGGCAGCUUAUUUGAGUACUGCGCUAAAAUGCGCAAGGGACCCACCGGAAAGACGCUUUGACCCCUCCCGGCUCCUUCCUUCUUCAUAGUUCAUACCCUUCCGCCGGAGUGUUAUUUUCGUACACAAGAUCCCAAUUUUCACGGAUUAUCAGUAUUAUGAAACAUAGCGCAUCGCACUCAGACCUGCAAUUUAGUUAUUAUACCAAAAAUCCCAUUGCGCCGUUGCGUUUUAUUUUUA